CACCUACCCAAAGACUCAAAAACUGACAGACAGACAGACAAACAGACAGGCGCUGUUUAGCUACCGAAACUUCUUCAAGCGAUGUCCUUCUUUUGACGCCAUUCAAAGUCCUUUACGUUUCCCCUCCCCAACUACCCCCCAUUCACACCUUCUGCUUGGGUUUCUCUUUCCUUUCUCCGGUGAUCUUCUGAAUUGCUUCGAUUUUCAGCAAUGUCGAGUUUGGAGGAGCCACUGAGUCUGGAGAAUUUUCCAAGCUUGAGUGUUGUUGGGAGGCUGCAAAGAGUUACUUCUGAUGCUUGUAGACCUAGAGUUGAUGAAGCAGAACUUGAUAAUUGCAUGGCUGAAUGCAGGCAGUGCAGCUCUUCUAACAGCUGCCAAGACUUUGACAUGUAUGCUUGGAGAAGGCAAAAAAGGGACAUGCUAUUCUCAGACACCAUCAAUUUGAGGAGAACAUGCUUUUGUCGGGAUCGCGGUGUAAUGGACAAUGCCUGCCAUUCAUGGUAUUCACAAGAUCGUGGGUAUUGCUCAUCUUGCAAUCACAUGGAAAUAAGAGAUAUUGCUCACAAGUUCUUCAGAGGCUUGCCUAGGUUUGUAAAGAUUGUGGAAGUUGGGCCAAGGGACGGCUUGCAAAAUGAAAAAUCUACUGUGCCUACAAUGGUGAAAGUAGAAUUAAUACAACGGCUGGCUGUCACUGGGUUGUCUGUUGUUGAGGCUACCAGUUUUGUUUCGCCAAAAUGGGUACCUCAGCUGGCAGAUGCGAAGGAUGUCAUGAAAGCAAUCCGUAACACACAGGGUGCCAGGUUUCCUGUGUUGACCCCUAAUCUUAAGGGAUUUAACGCAGCUGUUGCAGCUGGUGCAAAGGAAGUUGCCAUAUUUGCAUCAGCAUCUGAAGCCUUUUCUAUGUCAAAUAUCAACUGCAGCAUUAAAGAUAGCCUUGCUCGCUAUCAAGAAGUUGUGUUUGCUGCUAAAAAACUUGGAAUGCCAAUUCGUGGGUAUGUGUCAUGUGUCGUGGGCUGUCCUGUAGAAGGAGCGGUGCCUCCUUCUAAGGUGGCAUUUGUGGCAAAAGAGCUUUAUGACAUGGGAUGCUAUGAAAUAUCACUUGGUGAUACAAUUGGUGUUGGCACUCCAGGCACGGUCAUUCCAAUGCUUGAAGCUGUCAUGUCUGUCGUUCCCAGGGAAAAGAUUGCAGUUCAUUUUCAUGAUACAUAUGGGCAAUCUCUUGCCAAUAUACUGAUCUCUCUCCAAAUGGGGAUCAGUGCAGUGGAUUCCUCAGUUGCCGGCCUUGGGGGUUGCCCUUAUGCAAAAGGUGCUUCAGGAAAUGUGGCAACUGAAGAUGUUCUGUACAUGCUCAAUGGACUUGGAAUAAAGACCAAUGUGGAUCUAAACAAGCUCAUGGCAGCUGGUGAUUUCAUCUGCAAGCAUUUAGGGCGUCAAUCUGGGUCGAAGACCGUCAUUGCUCUGAGUAAAAUUACUCCAGAUGCCUCCAAGAUAUAGCUCUGAAUUGUGGAGGACAAUUAUAUUCCAAUGAAUAAGAUGUGAUUAUCCCUUUAAAGACUGAUAAAUAAACUAUGUUGUACUGCUCUUUGUAUUAUCGAUCCAGUUCUCGCACUGCAGCCCUGUGAUCAUCCUGUGAUAUCUGGAUGUUCACAUGAGAUGUGACGAGUAAUAUCUUGAAAUAUCGAUAUAUUGUUCUAUUAAAAUCAAUUUCAUAUACAAGUAUAAGUCAUUGUAUCAGUUAUGUUAUCUCCAUGCUUCAAUAAAAAAUUAUUACGGUUUGGUACCUGCAAA